AUUGUUUCCAAAAAAAAAAAAAAAUGUAUAGGAUAGUGCGGUACCAUACGAGAAAGCCGAAGAGCUUGUUGUUGCCUUUGGCCGCGACCAAAACGACGACGUCCGGUUCUGAACCAUCCACAUUCUCAUCCCCGUUAGCUUCACUGUCGUGGAAGACUCGGCUGGCGUUGACGCUACUGCUACAGGUCGACAAGGCCGCUCGUCGCCCUGACGGCACCGUCAACCGCCGUCUCCUAAACCUCGUCGACCCCAAGGCCUCACCAAAGUCCAGAAACGGCGUCACCUCCUCCGACGUCAUCGUCGACCCCACUCGCAAUCUCUGGUUCCGGCUCUUCAUCCCGGUCGUCGAUAUUGACUCCACCGCUCUUCCCGUCGUGAUUUACUUUCACGGCGGUGGCUUCACGACCUGCAGCCCCUCCUCGAUUGCCUACGACGCCUUCUGCCGUAGGUUCGCCGCCACAAUCCCCGCCGUCGUAGUUUCCGUCAACUACCGUCUCUCUCCGGAGCACCGCUACCCUUCCCAAUGCGACGACGGGUUCGACGUCGUGUCCUUCCUCGGCCAAAACGACGCCGUCCUCCCCGAAAACGCAGACAGAUCCCGGAUCUUCCUAGCCGGGGACAGCGCCGGAGGGAACCUGGCCCACCAAAUGGCCGUACGCGCCUGUCGGUGUCGGACAGUCAAGUUGGCCGGGUUGGUGUCUAUCCAACCGUUCUUCGGCGGCGAGGAGCGGACCGAGUCCGAGAUCCGGCUCGAGAAGGAUCCAUUGGUCACGGUGACCCUAACCGACUGGUUGUGGAAGGCGUUUCUGCCGGUCGGGUCGACCCGGGACCAUGAGGUGGCGAACGUGAGCGGGCCGAACGCGGUGGACAUUUCGGGUAUGGAGUAUCCGGCGACGGUGGUGUUCGUGGGAGGGGCGGAUCCGCUGCAGGACUGGCAGAGGAGGUACUAUAAUUGGUUGAGGAAAUCAGGGAUUGAGGCCAAGCUGAUCGAGCAUCCCAAUAUGUUUCAUGGCUUCUAUGCUUUUCCAGAGUUGCCUGAGUCGGACCAAUUGGUUUCUCAAGUCACAGAUUUCGUUGCUUCCAGUUCCACUUCCACCGGUUAAACUAUGCAACUUUACCACUAAAUGGGGUGUGGUUAUAAAUCUAUAAUGUUGGAAAAGGGGUUUGGGUAUUGUUUCAACUCCUGUUGUGUAUAGGAAAAGCCAACAUGCUGAUGUAAUAAAAGCUCCUGUAAGGCUGUAACUGAAGAAGUCAGGGGUGGAGGGGAGAAGACUCAAAUACUGGAAAGCUUCGAGGUUGAGAAGACUGGAGGCUGCCAUGGACUCCGAUGAAACAGAGGUGGAACACUUUCCCUUUCUGAUUCACAACCACCCAAGUGAAAGAUGAAUGAUCUUCAGAUGAUAAGUAAAGAUUCCACAUUCCUGUAAUAAGGGGAAACUGAUAAAGUGAACUUGGACAAACCAAAACUCCAGAACAGGUUUUACUCAGUCGAGAACGAUGCAGCAGAUUUUUCACUUCCUGAUGUGGCUGGUUCCUUUGUGCUGCUGCGCACACGCAGCUCGUGCCUUGAAUGCUGCCGAUUAAAAAGCUGUGAGCAGUAUUUUGUAGUGUGCAUUUGAGAAUUGUUGGUUAAUGUUGUUACUACUGGUUUGUGUAUCGGUGCUUGAAUGUUGUUGGUUAAUACUAAUUGCCAUGAGAGAAAGUUACUAUA